ACAGGCAGAGCGGCGUGCGCCUGGCGAGACAAAGGCGGCGGACCAGGGAACAGCUAAGAGAAAGAGGUUAGCAAGAUCAAGAUUCAAUUUUCGUGAGGUAACUGCAUGGAAAUGUAAUGAUGGACUACGAACCGAUACGAAAAAUGACGGGCCGCUAAAACGAUAUCCGUCUGGAAUAGGAUCCCAUCAACAGCCUGUCCCUUCUCGUUCGUUUUUAAACAUUUUCUUCAACGCCCCCAAUUUAGCGAGCUAGCUAGCAUUAGCGCACUGGUCGCCACUCACCAUUCCUUCAAGAAUCAAAAGAGAGGAACUCAUAAAAUCGGGAGUUUGCCAAAGGAAAAGAGCGCUUUUACACCCACAGGCGACCCCAGAUCUGAUGUUCAUCCUCGGGGACUAUGCCUAGCCCCUUAUUCCACCCCGAGAUUAUGGACCACGACAUGGUAGUGAGCAGCCAGCACAACGGGGUCAGCCUGCCCCGAGAGACGGACCAGGAGUCCCGAGACGAGGACCAUCAGGAGGCGCUCCGUUUCGCCCUGGACCAGCUGUCACUUAUGGCCCUGGAGAAGGUGGACUGUGGGGGCGGUGGUGGGGGGCUCGUUGACCCGCUCGACGGGAACCAGGGACCGGGCUCCGAGAAUUGCAACGGCGGUUAUGUCAACCUGCAGUUGCUGGAGCACCCAGGAGGCUCCCGGGACUCCCCGACGUCCUGCUCCCCAUCUCCAGAGUACUAUGGAUCCGGCGGGUACCACAUGGCUGGCCCGCACUCUCACUCCAUGCUCGGGGAACAAAACUCCAUUAUCUGCAAUCGCAAGAGGAGUGUCAACAUGACCGAAUGCGUACCUGUGCCCAGCUCCGAACACGUUGCUGAAAUAGUGGGAAGACAAGGCUGUAAGAUCAAGGCACUACGUGCAAAGACAAACACCUACAUAAAGACCCCGGUGAGGGGUGAGGAGCCCGUGUUCAUCGUGACAGGGCGCAGGGAGGAUGUGGAGAUGGCCAAACGGGAGAUCGUCUCGGCGGCCGAGCACUUCUCCAUGAUCCGGGCGUCCCGCUGCAAGGCUGGGGCCGCGGGCACAGGAGCACCCGGGCCGGGGGGAGCAAUCCCCGGACCCCCACACCUGCCUGGACAGACCACCAUACAGGUUCGGGUGCCGUACCGCGUGGUGGGGUUAGUGGUGGGGCCCAAGGGAGCGACCAUCAAGCGCAUCCAGCAGCAGACCCACACUUACAUCGUGACACCCAGCCGGGAGAAGGACCCUGUGUUCGAGGUGACGGGCAUGCCAGAGAACGUGGACCGAGCCCGGGAGGAGAUUGAGACACACAUCACCCUGCGGACCGGGGCCUUUGUGGACCUCCAGGGAGACAACGACUUCCACACCAACGGGACCGAUGUCAGCCUAGAGGGCCUGGGCUCGCUGGGCGCCGCUCUCUGGUCUCGGGCCAACAACCACCACGCUGCCCCUCCACCCCCGCCUCCCCCUCCACCACCCCCACUCCCCCUGGCCAUGCACCACUCAUCUGGGCGGAAGCUGUCCUCCUCGGCCUCCUACCACCAACACAAGGGAGGGAUGGGCUCUGAGAGCUACAGCGCCCCCAGGAGGGCCACAGAGGGAGGCAGCCCCACCAGCCCCUUCAGCACAGGCUCCAGCAGCGCCGGUGGAGGGGGGGGGUUCACCUUCGGGGGCGACUCUACCUCUGGCCUCCCCUCUGAGGAGCUGGGCUUUGAGUUCAGCGCCGCCAACAUCUGGGCCCCCUUCGUCAAUGGAGGACGAGGGAAGGCCCCAGGCUCCUCUCAGCAGCAGCCUCUCCGCCGAAACAGCUGCGGCCUGAGCGGAGGCGCCAUCACACCCCGCCUGUCCCCCACCCUGCCCCCCGACGCCGUGGUGGGACCCCUGGAUCAUCCGCUGGCCCGUCGGGCCCAGAGUGACCCUCUCAGCGCCCUCUCCUGGCUGCAGUCGGGGGGUACCGGUGCAGGGACCAUCUCUGGAGCAUCUAGCUCCAGCUCCGGAGGCUCAUCCACCGGUUACUCCUCCUGCUCAGCCUCCUCCCUGCCCGGAGGCUCUCCCACCGACUCAGAGGGUGGGGGCAGUGGAGUGGGCCUGGCCUCUGGCAUGCUGGGCCGGCUGAAGGCUGCGGCAGGCUCUGGGGCUGGAGGUCUGAUUGGCGUAGGGCCAGGGGGCGGGAGCAGGGACUGCUUUGUGUGCUUUGAGAGCGAGGUGACAGCGGCCCUGGUGCCCUGCGGCCACAACCUCUUCUGCAUGGACUGCGCCGGACAGAUCUGCCAGUCCGCUGAGCCCGAAUGCCCUGUCUGCCACAUCCCUGCCACACAGUGCAUCCACAUCUUCUCCUAAUGAACCCUCACCCAAAGACAAGGGAGGGGAGGGGGACAGAAUAGGAGGUGAGAGGAGGGGUGGCAUCUUAAAAAAUAACUUUUUUUACUGUCUUACUAUCCGAGAGUACUGCAGUGGGGCAUCAACUGUGGAGGGACGGACACCAACAACCUUCUUUGCUAAUAGGAUUUACUAUAAUGAUUACAAUAUUAGAAAUAUGACACUAUACGGAUGUUGAUUUAAUUAUAAUAACUAUGAUAACAAUAAUGGGAGUAAUAAUAAUAAUGAAUAUUAUUUCCAGACUGACUGAUUUUGGUUGAUUCUGCGGACUGCAGAAGCAGUUGGGCUGGGAUCGAGAUUUCAUGGUGGACUUGUGUGGAAGGAAACCAGUGUCUUAACUUUCUUCAGGCCUCUAGGUUGCCUGUCUGUAUAGUUUUCAUUCCCUCGCGUCUUCUUCAGAUAUCUCUGCCUGCUUCUCUCACAAGCCUUUUCCUUUGCCACUUUUGUACUUAAUAACAGAUAUUUUUCAACGGAGCUGCCUAGACCUGCACUUUUCUACUGUUUUCUUUUCAAUGUUAUUUGACAGGAUACAAAACGCAGUUUUUCUGGUCUUCUCUGUUCUCUCUCGCUCUUUCUCAUGCUGUAGUAUAGGGCUUUGGUAUUGUGGUAUGAGCCUGGAACUGACUUUGAAACAGGCACAGAAAUUGACACCUAUGAGACCAAACAAGGCUGAGGGACCUCAUAGAUGUUAUGAAUGAAGACUGAAACACUUAAGAUAUUUAUACUGUUCAAAAACUGAUAUUCAAUGUCGUGGUUUUAACAACCAGUAUAGGAAUAAUAUAGUUUUAAGUUAUUUAAGGAAUAUCAGAACUAAUGCCAUAGGUCAGUUACUCAGUCCCCGUUGGUCUGUCUCUCUCUCAAACCCUCUCUCUUCCCAUCUCCCUCUACCCUCCUCUCUCUCCUUCAAUAGUUCCAGAGUUGGGCUUUGUUUCUGGUUAGAUUGAAUGAAGCAGAGCCAAGCCUUGUAUUAAACGCUACUGUUUGAUUCCAUGUCGACGGCUCAGCUGACAACAGAAUGUGUAAUUGAAACAAACAUGUCGUGUUUUUGGCUCCAUUCCUCUUUCUUCCCCUUGCUGAGCUCAGUGUAGACACCUAGCCAUCCACAGUCUACGCAGAUCUUCUAUAUGAUACAGUUGGCUUUGGACAGCUAAUGUAUUUUUUAGAUUAAUUUAGGCUUUUUCACUGUAGACUGUGGCCCAGUUUGCCCCUGACUUCUGUCUCUCUCUGUCUCUCUGUCUCUCUCUCUCAACCGCAUGGUUGAAGUCCAACAGGAGAAUAUUGGUCUUGGUGAUGUCACACACAGGAAUGUCUCUGCCAAUAGCGAACUUGGUUAAGGCGAGGUGGCCGGUCCCAAGUAUCAGGGGGCGUCAGAAUGAGCCGUCUCUCUGUGCACUGCAAACCUUGUUAGCCCCUCCCCCAGCUAAGCUCUUUGUCCUAGUGUAACCCCAGAUCACCCUGCCCAAGUGGCAGUGGCAUCCCUGGAGAUAUGUUUUGUGUGUAUUGUCUUUCUAGUAAGUUCACAUCAACUGCCUCUCUCCUACGGUGUUUUUAAGUAUGAUGUGGACAGGUUGGUUUUGGUAUGAUGGUACGGUACACGGUUGUUGUAUGUAGCCCUUUUGAACGUACGUACGGAUGUAUUCAUAGAAUGAGACAAGCCAUGAUAAACAAGAUCCCAAAAAAGGGCUUCCUAUGACUGCAUACACGUGACAUUUUCAGGUGUUAACAUUCUCAUCGGUGACAACAGCGAGAGUAAUCAACGUAUCCAAUAUGGCAGCUAGUAGCUAGUUCAUCCAGGGCUUCCAGACUGUGUUUAAACCCAAACAGCUGCAGAAUGUGUUGCUUGUUCUUUUCUCUCUGGUCUACGUCUAUAGAACACUGGUCAACCCUGUUAGCACCGGUCUGUCUCACUGGUCAACCCUGUUAGCACCGGUCUGUCUCACUGGUCAACCCUGUUAGCACCGGUCUGUCUCACUGGUCAACCCUGUUAGCACCGGUCUGUCUCACUGGUCAACCCUGUUAGCACCGGUCCUUCUAAUUCACGUCCAUGGCCUGUGAACAAAUUAACAGAAGUUCCAAUACUUUUCAACUGCAGCUUUCCUUUUCCCCCUCACACCUUGAGGUACUAUCCACUGAUCUACCAUGUGUGGACAGGUGUUCCUAGCAAUAAUGUCACUUCAGAUCAGUGACUGCCUUCAGGGAGGGGGAAGUAAAGGAUGCAUUUCAAGAGAACGAACACUCUUCACGUAGCUCAAGCCGAGCUACUUUUUAACAAACCACUUCUAUGUGUCUAAGAUGCCUGACUUUAAAUGAGCUAGCCAAGUGAAGGGGACAGCGGCUUGACGUCUUAAUCUGUAAUCUAAUAGUCAACCCUCCACAUUUAGCUACACAACAAUGCUCCCAACUUGAAAAGGCCCUCCAUGUCCACAGAUGUGGAGCUAGUAGCCGACUGAUGAGUCACAUUUCACUGAAGACUACUCUAAUGGUGCUUUGGUGCAAACUUGCUACUGACACAGAUACUGUUUUUAGAAAAAAGGAACGGCCAUGUACGGCAGCACAGCGUCCCCUCUCCAGCUCCUGUUUUAGGAGUUAACUGUAUAACUGGCUACCCUGACCCUGUGGUCUCUUUUUCUCUCCCCUCAACGUGAGAGUGAUCGAUCUGUAUAAACUGGCAACCCGUCCCUGCUGGGCCUGAUGUCAAAGGUUUAGUUUUUCUCUGCUCCUGCAGACACAAGUUAGGUGCAGGGGAGGAUGUGACCAUGUCUUUAAAGGAACAGAUACACACAACAAUUAUAGUCUAUCUCCUUUAGUGUUAAAUGUAGGCCAAUCUUAAAAGGGCCCCUUUUCCAGAACUGACCAUAACUUCUGUCACUAAAAUGUCCUGAGUUGAAUUUGCCAGGUGGUUCUGGUAUAGGUUCUGGUCUGGUUGUUUCACUAGCGAACUCUUCACCCAUGGUCCAGAGCAUUGUGGUCAUGUACAGUAACAUAAACAGUUAAAAGGUACAGAAUAUUCCCAUAUUCUGCAUAGUUUUUUUCUUUUUUGCUGAACUUAACCUCGCCCCCUCCCCUUUUAGGUUUGAAAACAGGGUUUAUAGAGGCUCGUUAAGGAAUGACCUCUGACCUUUUUGUGACAGAGGUGGACCCAGAGAGUGCCGCGCCUAUCUGGGCAUGCCGCUCCCCCUGGAACUCCGCCUUUCUAUUUUGCUUUAAUUCUUUUUGUACUCAGAACCAAAAUGUUACGUCAGCAAACAAGGUUUCAGGCCUGACUUGUAUGUAUAUACCCUGAAUACAAUCAAUGGGAUCUCAUUUCAAAAAAGUUACCAGACUUAAGUAAUGAAGUUAAGUGUAGUUUUUAAAAACAUGUAUAAUUAUUUGUAAGUUAACCAUAUGCAUGUAUUCAAGCCAUCAGGCAUUAGCUAAUAAUUUUUAAGAGGAAGAAAAAUCUUUUUACACAUUUUUAUUUUUACAAUUUAUUUGCUUACCCAAAUAUCCCAGACAAUAAUGUGACUCUUUUUUAUUACUUCAAAAUGAUUUUUUAUUUUCCUUAUUUUUUUCUUUAUUUCCUGUGUACAACAUAUAGCCAAUUUUAUAACAAAAUGAGAAAAAAUUAUUGAAGACAUUUUUAAAUUGAAAUAUAUUUUAUUUGAAAGUUUAUGGACCUUUUAACCGUGUGCCAGAACAAUUGUAUACCCAUAUCAUUUGAGCUGACUUGACGGUUAUGAGAAAUGUAUCAAGAGUUUUAUUUUUUAUGCUUCUUUAAUAAAAUCUUGUUUUUGGUUUCAUUUUUUACUGUAAAACCC